GCCAGGACAGUUAAAGCAUAACUUUGCCCUCCAUGGAGCUGCCUUACUACCACGGCCCGCUAACCAAGCAAGAGUGUGAAACCCUGCUCCUCAAGGGCGGGGAGGAUGGCAACUUUCUGUUAAGAGACAGCGAGUCUGUGCCAGGAGUCCUGUGUCUCUGCGUCUCGUUUAGAAAGUUUGUCUACACCUACCGAAUCUUCAGAGAGAAACAUGGAUAUUACAAGAUACAGACUGUGGAAGGGGCACCAAAACAGAUCUUUCCAAACCUAGAGGAACUAAUCUCCAAAUUUGAAAAGCCAGGUCAAGGACUGGUGGUUCACCUUUCAAACCCAAUAACGAGAAAGAGCUCCUGCCCAAGAGGAAGAAGGAUGACGUUAGAGCUGAAUGUCUAUGAGAACACUAGUGAGGACUACGUGGAUGUCUUGCCUUGCCUUGAAAACAAGAACAUAGGAGAAAACAAGCUGACGGAAAGGUGGUAGAGCUCUCCGCCGCCGCCACCUCUGCAAGUGUUGAUCGAAAGUGCCAGUUUCUAGCGGGCCUUUGAGACUCCUCUGAUCUGGGUAGCAGGAUCUUCUCUACUGAAGCCUUGGAGAAGUCCCUCCCCAUAUCCCAGCCUCCAGGCACACACUCAUAAGAAGCUCCAAAGCCACGGCUCACCUGUCACUCUCCUGUCUUGGGAUUGGACAGCCAGAAUCCAGUCUCCUGACUGGCUGGUCAGAGGCACCGCCACUGAUCCUGGCUGACAACAUCUAACAGGACACUGGGAAGGGCUGCCUCAUCGAGAGGGAAGAA